GACGGGGUUUCAUUGUGUUAGCCAGGAUGGUCUUGAUCUCCUGACCUCGUGAUCUGCCCGCUUUGGCCUCCCAAAGUGCUGGGAUUACAGGCGUGAGCCACUGCGCCCGAACUUCUUUAAUUUUCUUUUUUUUUUUUUUAAGACGGUGUCUCACUCUGUUGCCUGGACUGGAGUGCAGUGGUGUGAUCACCGCUCCCUGCAACCUUGGACACUUGGGCUCAAAUGAUCCUCCCAGCUCAUCCUCCUGAGUAGCUGGGACUACAGCAUGCACCACUACAUGCAGCAAAUUAAAAAACAAAAACAAAAACAAAAAACAAACAACAACAAGAAAAACAUGUUUUUGUAGAGACAGAGUCUCACUAUGUUGCCCAGGCUGGUCUCAAACAUCCUGGGCUCAAGCUGUUCUCCCGAUUUGGCCUCCCAAAAUGUUGGGAUUACAGGUGUGAGCCACUACGCCCAGCCUAUAUUCUUAAGGUUAUCAAACUUCCACACCUUUCCUCUGAAACUCCACACUCCAACUCUCUAUGCUUUACUUGGCUGUUAUAUUAGUUAUCAGUUGCUGUGUAACAGAUUACAUCAAAUUUAGUGGCUUAAAACAGGAACAAUCAUUUAUUAUCUGUCAUAGCUUCUGUGGUUUAGGAAUUUAGAAGUGGCUUAGCUGGGUGCUUCUGGCUCAUCAUCUCUCUUGAUGUUGCAGUCAGAUAUUGGCCAAGGCUGCAAUCAUCUGCUGGCCUGACAGGGGCUGAAGGAAUUCUUCAGCCCAAAAGUUCAAUUGUGCCAAGGCUGAGAAACCCUGCUUUAAACCGAUGGGACUAUACAUUUAAAAAAUACUAAUGUCGUGAAAGACCAAGGCUGACGAUUUAAAGAUUUAAAGAAAGUAGAAACAUAACAAAUGCAAGACAUUAGCAAGAUUUGAUCUUGAAUUUAGAAAAAAAAUCAUUAGUAUAAAGGACAGUAUUGGGAAUUAAACAAAAUUUGUAUAUUAAAUAAUAGUAUUCUGUCAAUUUCAGUUUCCUGAAUUUGAUAAUUAAACUGGGACUAAGUAAGGGAAUGUCUUGUUUCUAAGACUGAAGAGUCAUGAUAUCUGUAAUCUACUCUCAAAAGGCCUAACAACAGAAAAUACUAGGAAUAUAAUAUGUGUAUUAUAGGUAAGAUAUGUAAAGAAAGAUAAAGCAAAUGUGAGAAAAAGGUAACAAUGGCUGAAUCUAGCUGAAGAAUAUAUGGGAGUUCCUGCAACUUUUCUUAGGAUCUAAUUUUUUUUUCAAAGCUAAAAACUUAAUUACAAAUUCACUCUAGCAGAGAUAUCAGAAACUUAAUUUCACUGUUAUCAUGGUAUCCAGUGGCAUAAACAUUUAGCAAUAUUGAGGGGGUAGCUACCAGUAGAAAUACAUAAAAUAAAAGUGAUUCUGUCUUUGGGAAAAAACAGCUAGGUUUCAGAAGUUGGGAAGGAGAUCUAUAUAUUUUUAAAGAUAGACUUUAAAGACAUAAUCCUAAAGAAAUACAGCUGAUUUAAUGGGAACUAGUGGAGGUAGCAAUCAUAUAGUAGAAGGAGCACUGGACUCAGAGUAGAAAGACAUGGAUUCCUGUCUUCUAACACAUCCUUGGUUAGGUUAAUACAUCUCUUUGAGUUACAGUUUUUUCAUUUGUAAACCUGGGAUACCACUUACUUCACAAGGUAGUUCGGAAGAUCAAUACGACUAUGUAUUAAUUCCCUAUACAGUAUUAAAAGUACCAUAGAAAUGCAACCUAAUUUUUUAAAACCAUGACUCGCCUCCCUUAUUACCCAUAAGAUUUUUCGUGAAACCCAUAUAGUAGGUACUCCCUUUGCAGUCUGUGUUUCCACCCACCCUGAUCAGGCCUCAAGUAGGAUCCAAAAUUUCUUCAUUUUCCCACAAAAGAAUUCCACUCGAGCAAGAAAUUUUAUUUUACUCGAGUAAAAUAAAAUACUUUGCUCGAGUAAGUAAAACAUCUUAUUGAAGAAUUUUAGGGGAGACCAGGGUUUGUUUUUGUUUUUGUUUUUGACUACACAUGCCCUAGCAUUCAAGGGCAUCAAUAUCCUUUCCAGAGGCCUCCUCCCACUAGUUCCUCUUCCCAAAACGCUUUGCAUUUUUUGUUCCUUUGCUCUGGACUCUCUCUUGAAUCUACCCCCUUGAGUCGCUCAGUCUCUUCCUUUCCCUUCUUCAUGUUGGGCAACGUAAUUCUUCCAAUUAUUUACUUCCAAAAAAGACCCACUAGUACCACGAUUCAAUCUACUUUUGAAGGCAGCAGAUAAUUAAAAUGACAAUUUUUUUUCUGGCAUACUUGUAUUCUCGGGUCUAUUUCCGAGCUUUCAGUUCUAUUCUGGCGACGAAUCCUUGUGCCCAAACCAUGAAAGACCCCCUAGAGAGAUGGAGCAGAAACAAGUCAGAGCGCCUGAAGAGAGCGCUCUCACGGCCUCAGUCCUGGACGCACGCGCGGAAAGUCCAUUAAGUCCCACCCCAAUACCCAAUCGGGGUAUUUCCCACCCCCUAAGCCCGUGCACCGGAAACCAUGGGGGCGGAAGAGGUGCUGGGCAGGAGGCGGAAGAGGUGCUGGGCAGGAGGCGGAAGAGGUGCUGGGCAGGAGGCGGAAGAGGUAAUGGGAAACCCAGGAACUUUCAAAAGAGGCCUUUUACUCUCAGCUUUGUCGUAUUUGGGUUUUGAAACUUACCAGGUUAUCUCUCAGGCUGCUGUGGUUCAUGCCACAGCCAAAGUUGAAGAAAUACUUGAACAAGCAGACUACCUGUAUGAAAGCGGAGAAACAGAAAAACUUUAUCAGUUGCUAACCCAAUACAAGGAAAGUGAAGAUGCAGAGUUACUGUGGCGUUUGGCACGGGCAUCACGUGAUGUAGCUCAGCUUAGCAGAACCUCAGAAGAGGAGAAAAAGCUAUUGGUGUAUGAAGCCCUAGAGUAUGCAAAAAGAGCACUAGAAAAAAAUGAAUCUAGUUUUGCAUCUCAUAAGUGGUAUGCAAUCUGCCUUAGUGAUGUUGGAGAUUAUGAAGGCAUCAAGGCUAAAAUUGCAAAUGCAUAUAUCAUCAAGGAGCAUUUUGAGAAAGCAAUUGAACUGAACCCUAAAGAUGCUACUUCAAUUCACCUUAUGGGUAUUUGGUGCUAUACAUUUGCCGAAAUGCCUUGGUAUCAAAGAAGAAUUGCUAAAAUGCUGUUUGCAACUCCUCCUAGUUCCACCUAUGAGAAGGCCUUAGGCUACUUUCACAGGGCAGAACAAGUGGAUCCAAACUUCUACAGCAAAAACUUACUUCUUUUAGGAAAGACAUACUUGAAACUACACAACAAAAAGCUUGCUGCUUUCUGGCUAAUGAAAGCCAAGGACUAUCCAGCACACACAGAGGAGGAUAAACAGAUACAGACAGAAGCUGCUCAGUUGCUUACAAGUUUCAGUGAGAAGAAUUGAGAACUUUUCAGAGAAGAUUUAUGAAAUAGCUAAUAAACAUUGCCUUUUCUUUUAAUUCUAAACUUAAUAUAUGAACUAUAACUGUUCUACGGCUUUUUAAAUGUUGUGACCAUUUAACAGUGUAAAUAUAAAAUAUUCUAGGCUUCUUCACAAAUAAUAAGGUAAAAUUAAUAAUCGCCGUUAAGAGUGGUAGAAAUAAAUCUCCAUGGCUCAGGCAAAGAGAUUAUUUUGCAUCCUGGAUACCAGCAAUGCAAAAUGGUAUGAGAUUUCUAAGGAUUGAUCACAUUGGGAUGGGAGAUCAAGCAAAGAAAGAUUUGUAGAGGAGGGGAAAUGGAUCUAUAGGGGAUAUACAGGGGGAUGGAUUUUCAAGUUGGAUUGAUUCUAAGUUGAAAUCUUGAAGAGAAGGUGUGGUGACAGUGGUUAGGAUGUUGUGGGUUCCUGACAUAAAGUAGUUAAAUGAUAUAUCUUGGAGCUAACCUGUGUAAGUAAAGAACUAAGUAAGGAGAUGACUAAAAAUGGAGUAGUUUCCUUUUUUAUUUUUUUGAGACAGAGUCUCACUUUGUUUCCCAGGCUGGUGUGCAGUGGCACAAUCUCGGCCCACUGCAGCCUCCGCCUCCCGGGUUCAAGUGAUUCUCCUGCCUUAGCCUCCUGAGUGGCUGGGAUUACAGGGUUGUACCACCACACUCGGCUAACUAACUUUUGUAUUUUUGGUAGAGAUGAGGUUUUGCCAUGUUGGCUAGGCUGGUCUCAAACUCCUGGCCUCAAGUGAUCUGCCCGCCUUGGCCUCCCAAAUUGCUGGGAUUACAGGCGUGAGCCACCGCACCUGGCCAGUUUACUUUAAAUGUGGUGUAGUCUCAUGGUAAACUGAAUUUGUCAUCAGAUGCAAAGUUCUAUUCCCUAAUGGAAUGGAAGGAACACAAAACUUAAGAGUGAAAUGGAAUACUAAGAUGUUUUUAAAUAGGCAGGACUGUGCUACUCACUUGAGGCUGGAGUGCCACCACUGCAAAAUCUUUUUAAGUUUUGUAAAAAGGAGCAUCUUGAAUCCACUUAGAUAAAGAGAGACUGUGUGUGUAGGUGGAUUUUUCCCAAAGGAUUUGGGAAUUGUAAUGUUACAAUGAACUGUAUGGAUAUGUUUGUCAUGUACAUUUUCAAACAAAAAGGAAAACUGAAAGUAGUGAUCUUUGUAUACCCAUCUCUUAGAUUCAGUGAUUUUGCUAUAUAGGUUGUGUAUCCCUUAUCUGAAAUACUUGGGACUAGUAGAAGCAUUUUGGAUUUGGGAUGUUUUUCCAAAUUUUGCAAUACCUGCAUACACACAAUAAGAUAUCUUGGAGAUGGGACCCAAGUUUAAACACAAAUUCACUUGUUUCAUAUAUACCUUAUUUACAUAGCUUGAAGGUAACUUUAUAUAACAUUAUUUUUAAUAAUUUUGUGCAUUGAGACCAAGUUUGCAUACCUUGAACCAUCAGAAAGCAAAGGUGUCGUUAUCUCAGCCACUCAUGUGGGUAAUUUGUGGUUGGUUGAUGUCACCAUCAUUCCUGACUGAAUGUAUAUGCUACCAAUAAGCAGUUAUUUUCUUAUACUUAUUCAUGCAUAAGUACUUAACAGUAAAAAAUAUGACAUAACUCGCAUAGGAACAAGGAUGGCAAAAAAAAAAAUAUGACACACCACUGAUACAGUGAAAAAAUAAUGUGGUCAGGGUAGCUAGGCAACAGUAGCAUCACCAGAAACCUGUAUCAGCUGUUAAACGGCAACAACAAUGGCAGGCUUUCAGUUUCCCACUUAAUGAUGCUGUAUUUUAAAAGGUUAUUGUAUACUGUAAUUUUAUUUUUGUAGGUGAAGAGAAACAGAAGCAGCUGAAGGGCCAGGAAGUGGGUCUUUCUAGGGAUGUGGCAUUCUGCUGGAUGGCUUUUUAAAAUGGGUUUUUUCCUUUAGGGAGACCGAAUAAACUGUGUUGUGCACCUGCA